CUGCGUUUUUGUGAAUGGAGAAAUUAAUUGAUUGUGGAUUUUUUAAAUAUUAAUUAUCCGGCGGAAGCAACAUUGUUCUCGACAUGGACCAAUCAUACGGCAGUGAGGAAUUUAUUAAUGAAGAACGCCUUGAGGAUGAUCCGUUGGAAGGCAGUUCGGGGAUCUAUCCGGGCCACGCAUCCGGAAUUAAUGUAGUUGAUUCCCUUUCAGCGACAGAAGUGGAACCGGAACAAAUUAAUGCGGCCAAUCAGGAUAUCAACAGUUUGAUUGAAGGUGGUGCACCAGAAAGCUACGUCUUUUGCUUUGGAGGAAUAUUUUGCCGUAAGCUGUUUCGAAGCCAACUCCGGACAGGCCAAAUUUGUUCCAAGGAUAUUUUCGGUGAUUCGGUCAACCAUGUUCUACGGUGUAUUUGGAAAACUGUCAAGCAUCAGGUAAAUCGCAAAGUGGAAUUCAACGAUGAGGUACCAUCAUGGAGUGUAAAAGAGCAGCCUGAUUUUGAAGUCAUCGGCGAGUUUGUGAUGCUACAAGAUCAAACGAAGAAGAAAGUGUACCCGAUUAGUAGUGUCCAGAGCCUAAAAUAUUCAUCUUCAUGA